AUUUUGUGUAUAAUUAUGAAUUAAACUAUAAUGAAAUAUAUAUGUAUUUGUGAAAAUUUCUCAUUUUUUUUAUUUAAGUGAUGACUUAGUGAACUUUUAUAACAUCCAAUAGACAAAUAUGUAUCAAUCAAUCAAUGAUUAUGAUCCUAAACGAAAUAAUGGAAAUCGACCAUAUCAUUUACCUACACCUCCUAGUCACAUUUAUGCUCUGCUAAUACUGAUGCUAACUGUAUUUAUAACUGUGAUCAUAGUUGAGAAAAAGCUUCCGAAUGGAUUACUUAUAUCUCAUGAACAUAAGUAUAAGGAUAGGUUCAUUGCGGAAAGAGCUAUGAAUCAUUUGAUAAAUUUAACAAAUAUUGGUCCAAGAAUAGUUAGUAGUCAUGAGAACGAAGUUUUAGCCACUAAUUUUUUUCUUGAUGUAAUAAACAGUAUUAAAAGUAAUGCUAAAAACAAGCAUAUAAUCGAAGUUGAUGUUCAGAAGUCUAGUGGAGCAUUUCAGCUGAACUUUUUAGAUGGUUUGACAAAUGUAUAUAAAAAUGUCAAAAGCAUAAUAGUUAAGAUUGGAUCCCAUAUAAAUUCUCAACAUAGUCUUCUGAUUAAUUGCCAUUAUGACACUGUUGCAGAUAGUCCAGGUGGUAGUGACGAUGGUGCUGGUUGUGUUGUUAUGCUUGAAAUGUUACGUGUUCUCUCACAAUCUGAUAAAAUUCUCAAACACAAUAUCAUAUUUUUAUUCAAUGGAGCAGAAGAAAAUUUGAUGCAGGCUUCACAUGGUUUCAUAACACAACAUAAAUGGGCAGCCGAAGUAAGAGCAUUUAUUAAUUUAGAAGCUUGUGGAGCUGGUGGUCGAGAAAUUUUAUUUCAAGCUGGACCCAGUAGUCCUUGGAUCAUGCAUACUUAUUCUAAUACAGUACCUUACCCAUAUGCAUCAAGCUUAGCACAAGAAAUUUUUGAAAGUGGUGUUAUUCCUGGGGACACGGAUUUUAGAAUAUUUCGUGAUUUUGGAAAAGUGUCUGGUUUGGAUUUUGCUUGGAGUACAAAUGGUUAUGUAUAUCACACUAAAUAUGAUACAGUUAAACAAGUACCUCUUGGAACUUUGCAAAGAACUGGUGAUAAUAUUUUGGCACUGACAAUAGGUAUGGCAAAUGGGCAUCAGUUGUCUGAUAUAUCACAGAAUACUGAAAGUGGAUUAGUAUUUUUUGAUUUUCUGGGAGCUUUUGUAGUACGAUGGCCAUUUAUGAUGGCAGAUAUUAUAAACAUUUUAUCCUUGGUUAUUUCAUUAUAUUCUAUGUUUCGAAAUAUGAAGGUGGCUCAAAAACAAGGAAUUUCUAAACAAUCAUAUGUUAAACACUUGUUUCUAUCAUUUGUGUUUGUUAUAUUAUCUUGGGUAAUAUGCUUAUUUUUCAACCUCUUUAUUGGAUGGAACUUAAUGAUAUUAAAUCGGCAAAUGAGUUGGUAUGCAAGACCAAUGUGGCUGUUUUUUCUCUAUGUUAUACCAACUUUAUUUGUGGGAAUGCUUGUACUUUUACUAUGUACUCGAAAACAGAAAAAGGUCAUCGAGUCUCCAUGGAUAUUAUUUCAAUUAUAUUAUGAUGCUGUUCAUCUUUUCUGGUGUUUUUGUUUAUUUUGUACAAUUUUAUUAAAAAUUCGCUCAGGAUUUAUUGCGCUGUUAUGGGCAAUUUUUGCUGCAGUAGGAAAUUUUGUAUGUCAAUUUUGCUUCAGACAUUAUAGGGAUAAAAAAUGGCUACUACUUCAUAUAGCAACAUUCAGUCUACCAUUUGUACAAUCUUUUUAUUUAGUGUUAGCUGCACUAUACAUGUUUGUACCUAUAAUGGGCCGCAGUGGGGCUUCAGUACCAGCUGAAUUAAUUAUGGCCGGUAUGGUCACUAUCAAAUUCAGCUUGAUAUUUAGUUUUGUCACAAUUUUAAUACUGUUGUGCAAAUCUCCAGAAAGGGUCAUUAAUAUUUUGGCUGGUGUAUUUUUUAUAUCCAUGACUGCAUUAAUAUUUACCCCAUUAGGAUUUCCCUAUUCUGGAGAUGUGAUGGCUCCUGCUCCCCAAAGAUAUAUGAUAUUUCAUACUCUACGUAUAUUUCAUAAUGAAAAUGGUAAAGUUCGUAAAGCAGACUCAGGAUAUUGGAUAGUAGAUAUGGAUGUUAACAGUCCGACUUCAGUACAAAAUUUAGUUCCAGAAAUGAAUAAGCUGACCAGAGAUCUAAAUGCAUGCUCUGAGGAAUUAUACUGUGGAUAUCCUUAUCUAUUGCCAGUUAUGAAAUUUCUUUCCUUAACGCAUUGGAUUCCAGCACCGGCACCCAAUUUACCAAAAAUAUCAGAUAUCACGUUAAAUAAUAAACAAUUAGUGAACCAAAAUGUUUGGAGAUUUAACUUUACAGUUACAGGUCCUUAUCAUAUUGGUUUGAUGCUAAGUCCUCGCCCAGGUGUAAAACUUAUAAAAUGGAGCAUAGAUUCCAGUAUUCCUCUAAAAGGAGAACCGUUUCAAGGACGUGAUACAUAUUUUGUCUAUUAUGGCUGUGCAUCUGAUCCACAACCUUGGACUUUUGAUCUGGAUUUAGCUGUUGAGGGAUCUGAUUACCCUGAAUACAUGCUUGAUGUAGCGGUUUGUGGACAUUAUCUAUAUGGUGAGUACAAAGUUAAUAAACAAUUUGAGAAGUUUAUAUCAACAUUCCCUUCCUGGACGACUGUUACGAGCUGGACAUCCACAUAUAAUAGCUAUAUUUUCUGAGUUGAUCCAAAGUAAAAGUUUAGUGAAUUAUUACUGCUUCUUAAAAUUCUCACAUAGUCAAUGAAUUAAUUAUAGAUUAAUUCAAUUUGAAAUUGUUUAUUUCAAUCUACUACAAAGAAUUUUC